AUGGCCGAAAAUGAUGUCCCAAAGUAUGUACUUUGGCCUUACACCCCCACUAUAGCUGCUGGUGUCGUCGCAGCCUUGGUCUUCUUCGUCCUUACUAUUCUGCAUACCUGGAAACUCAUCAAGAACCGUACUUGGUUUUGUGUUCCAUUUGUUAUCGGAGGCCUAGCAGAGACUAUCGGUUACGCUGCGCGUGCUGCAGCCCACAACGAUACCGUUUCAACAACACCCUACAUCAUCCAGUCGACGCUUAUCCUCGUCGCACCCAUUCUGUUCGCUGCUUCGGUCUAUAUGAUCCUCGGCCGACUUAUUGCUCGCACCGACUCAGCCUCGUACUCGAUAAUCCGCGCGAAAUGGGUUACCAAGAUUUUCGUGACUGGCGAUAUUCUCUGCUUCUUCAUUCAGGCUGGUGGUGCCGGAAUGCUGGUCAGCGCCAACGAUGCAGAGGGCUUCAAGAGGGGCGAAAACAUCAUUCUUGGUGGACUAAUUCUGCAGAUCUUGAUCUUCUUGUUCUUCGUCGUGGUAGCAAGCAUUUGGCACCGCCGACUUAGUGCACAGCCCACGGCUGCUGCCGCCGAGUUACCAUGGAAGAAGUAUAUUAGCUUCUUGUAUGCUGCUAGUUUCUUUAUUACGAUCCGAAAUUUGUGUCGUGUUAUCGAGUAUGCUAUGGGCAAGGUGAGUCGGCAUUGA